CGUUUCCACCUCUUCUGCUACAAAUAUCAGAUUUCAGUACUACUAGUAAUCUCUCUUUUCUUCACUCUCAAAACCCUCAUUUGCAAAAUUCUUCAGAUAGUUUCAGAGAGAGAAGCAGUGAGCGAAAAUGUCACUGAGACCACCAACUACGGCGGUUGGAAGUGGCGCCGGAAGGAGGGAGAUGAUGAGGAAAAAAUCGUAUAAAAGUGCAGUGGAUGUUGAAGGCGGAAGAAGAAGAAGAGAAGAUAAUAUGGUUGAGAUUCGGAAGAGCAAAAGAGAAGAUAAUCUUAAUAAGAAACGAAGAGAACAACUACCUUCUCUUCUUACUACUUUUGCUGUUUCUGGUUUUCGUUCCGAUGGUAAUCAGCAACAAGAUGAACAAGGUUGUGCGAUUACUGAUCGUGCUAAUCAGCUGGUAAAAAUCUGGACAAUGAUAGAAGACAUAUGGUCUGGUUGUCCAGAAGCACAGUUGGAGUCAACCACUGCAUAUAGGAAGCUUUUAUCGCGUGAGUGUGAUCCACUGAUUGAUGAGGUAGUUAGAGCAGGUGUUGUCCCACGGUUCGUAGAAUUUCUUGCAAGGCACGAUAUGCCUCAACUCCAAUUUGAGGCAGCUUGGGCUUUGACAAAUGUUGCAUCAGGCACUUCGGAGCAUACACUAGCUUUGAUUAACCAUGGUGCUGUUCCACUGCUAGUGAAAAUUCUUAGCUCUGGGAGUGCUGAUGUUUGUGAACAGGGCCAAUUUGGUUUUUGUUUCAAAUCUAAUCAACAGGCUGUGUGGGCAUUGGGUAACGUUGCUGGUGACUCGACAAGCUGUAGAGAUUUUGUUCUUUCUCAUGAUCCACUGUUGCCACUGCUAUCUCAGUUUGAAAAGCCCAAACUAUCUAUGCGGAGGACUGCUACAUGGACUUUAUCUAACUUAUGUCGUGGCCAGCCAGCAGUACCAUUUGAGCAGGUCAAGCUUGUUUUGCCAGCUCUUCAGCACCUUAUCCACUCAACUGAUGAAGAAAUUCUUACGUCUGCUUGCCGGACACUGUCGUAUAUCUCUAAUGACACAAAUGACAAGAUCCAGGCUGUGCUUGAGGCGGGAGUCUGUCCACGACUUGUGGAUCUUUUACUUCAUCCAUCUCCUGCAGUUUAUACACCAUCUCUUCGAACCAUUGGAAACAUUGUUACGGGUGAUGAUGAACAGACUCAGGUCGUAAUUGACAAUCAAGUGCUUUAUUGUUUCCAUCAACUUCUGACUCAAAAUUACAGCAAGAACAUCAAGAGAGAAACCUGUUGGGCCAUCUCAAAUAUCACUGCUGGAAAUAUUGGUCAGAUACAGGCUGUUAUUGAAGCUAAGAUCAUUGGACCUGUAGUGCAUCUUCUCCAGCAUGAAGAAUUUGAGAUCAAGAAGGAAGCUGCAUGGGCUAUCACCAAUAUUUCCACCGGGGCAGCACAUGAGCACAUCCGAUAUCUAGUGGAGCAAGGAUGCAUAAACCCACUCUACGAUCUUUUGACAUCCACAGAUUCUAGAAUUGUGAUGGUAUGCCUGAAAGGCCUUGAGAACAUCCUGAGGGUUGGUGAAUCUGAUAACGAGUUGGGAAAGACUAGUGGAGGCAAUAUCUAUGCAGAGAUGAUUGAUUAUUGUGGAGGUUUAGAUAAAAUAGAAGCUCUACAAAACCAUGACAAUAAGGAUAUCUACGAUAUGUCUGUCUAUAUCUUAGAGACAUACUGGAGCAAGGAUGAGGAAGAUGAUGUUCAAAGAUAGAUCUAAUGCUGGACACUCCCCGAACCUGUUUCGCGCCUCAUCAAUUCCCCCCUCCAGUCUUCUUGUCUAGCAAUCAGGCAGUCUAAUAAGGGCAUGGUAUUUUUGUUCUCAUACGAUAUCUCUCGAUAACAUUUUUGGUCGACUGUGCUCAUUUUACAACUAAAUCUGUGUUAAUUUCUAGCUUCACCAUUAGCUUUUAGGGAGAAAAUAUGUCCAAUUUGAUUGGUUAUAUCGCACACACCAAGGGUUUUGCUUGGACAUCUCAUACAUCUUCAGCGUUACAUAUAGGUUGAUCAUAUUGGAUGUACAUUGAUCAUCCAUUUUUGGGUCAAAGAAGAAAGAACACUGUAAAUUUGCUAAACGAUUAUAGAGAGCUUCACAUUCACAAA